AUGGCUUCCUCUCUUUCCGGGGGAGGAGGAGGAGGAAGACGGCUGCUGUUCCCGAUGGUGGUGGCGGCGGCGGCUGCUGCUGCGCUAGUUGGGGCGGCGCCGGCAUCAGCGUGCUACUCGCGCGUGUUCAGCUUUGGCGACUCGUUGGCGGACACGGGCAACUACCGCUUCUUCUACAGGAACGACUCGGAUCCCGUGCUCCGGCUCCCCUACGGCGAGACCUUCUUCCACCGCGCCACCGGACGCUUCACCGACGGCUGCAUCGUCCUCGACUUCAUCGCUAAGGCGCUCGGGCUUCCGUUCGUGCCGCCCUACCUGAGCGGGCGGCGCGCCGAGGACUUUUUGCACGGGGCCAACUUCGCGGUGGGCGGCGCCACGGCGCUCGGCCCGGACUUCUUCCGGGACAAGGGUUUUGACGUGGGCAACGUAGUGCACCUCGACAUGGAGAUGAAGUGGUUCCGGGACAUGCUCAACCUCUUCUGCCCCGGCAAUCUCUCAGGUUGCUCGGACAUGAUGAACCAAUCCCUUAUCAUAGUUGGAGUAAUUGGAGGCAAUGACUACAACCUAAGAAGAAUUCCCUUCGAGAGUGUUGUCACUUUCGCUCCACCUGUUAUCGCCAAAAUCUCUUCAUCUAUCACAGAGUUGAUCGGGCUAGGAGCCAAGGCUUUGGUGGUUCCAGGGAAUCUCCCGAUUGGAUGCCUCCCAAUGUAUCUGUUGACAUUCCAAAGUGACAAGAAAGAAGAUUACGAGCCAGGGACAGGUUGCAUUAGACAGUUGAACGAGUUUGCAUGGUACCACAACAAGCUUCUUAUCGAGGAAUUGGAGAAGUUGCGUAAGCUCCAUCCCGGCGUGACCAUCAUCUAUGCUGAUUACUACGGAGCCACUAUGGAGGUUUUUGUUUCCCCGCAACGAUACGGAAUCGAAUAUCCCUUGGUGGCUUGCUGCGGUGGAGGAGGGCGCUAUGGUGUGUCCCCGGGUGUAAGAUGUGGACGUGGAGAAUACAAACUAUGUGAAAACCCAGAAACGCAUGGGUCAUGGGAUGGCCUGCAUCCGUCAGAAAGUGUAUACAGGGCGAUUGCGAUGAGCCUUCUACGAGGCUCUCGGACACAGCCACCGAUCGCUACCACCGCCAGUUCAUGCACACACAACUUAGUGAGAUCGGAAUAUCUAGUGAAUACUAGUCCUUUCUGA